AUGCAGGUUGAUAACCGGCUGUUCCCUUGUAUACUGCUACUGCUUUGCGGAAGGGCUGCGGCUCUCUCAGACGAAGAAUGUGCUAAUUAUCACGAACUGCGCUCGCUAAGUGACUAUGAGAUAUUUGUCGAGGACUGCUCCGGAAAGACCGUGCUCGGCUUUGAUGAAGGUGUAUCAAACAAAUUUUACGCAUCGAAUUUGGACCAAGAUGGAUUUAACGAAUUGUUUGCGAAAGCAGAAGAAGUUUCUUUCGCUAUCUACAUUGAAAACACCAACUUUGUAGAUUUGAAAAUGCCGAAGCUUCGCAAAUUAAAGGGAGGCCUCUCGAUCCGUAACAAUGCACAGCUGAAACGAUUCUACAUAAAUGGAGGAUUUAGUUACGACAGAUCUACCACUUCUCCAACAACUGUGACAGUUGAUGGUAAUCCUGUUCUUAGCCAAGAAAGUAUGGAUGGCCUUCGACAACUCUGCAGCUUCUGCGACAUUUUCAAGUGGACCAAAUGUAGCGCCCUAGAGCAAGUUACGGAAGAUGAUUACGCAGAGUUGGUGAACAAAUGUGCUGGGGAACGCAUCAUCAAGCAGAAGCCAGGAGCUCGGUUUUAUCUGAACGCUAACAAGCUCAGUCAAUCACAAUUUAAUGCUUUGUUCUCGCAAGCAACACAUGUACAGAUGUGCAUCAACUUCCACGAUAUGCAAUGGAAACAGAUCACGUUCCCUAGAGUGGUUCGACUCAUUCCCUGCGGUUACGGAGAUCCAUCAAUUGAUGUUGUUCAUAAUUACUACCUGACCGCAAUCAAUCUCCCAUCCUACAAUUCGGAAGGAUUUGGUCGUCUCAACCCGAUGAUGAACGUGGUUCUCAAAAACAACUUCGUGCUUUCCCCUGAUUUGAUCACAUCCUUCAAAGCAAACUGUCGCUUCUGCAGACUUUUACAGUACAAAGAGUGCGAUAGCAUUGCCGCGAUAAAAACUAGGAACGCAACCGAAUUCGUGGAUCUGUGUGGAGGAAAGAGGAUAAUGUGGCCGAAGAAGGAUAAUGUACUCAUUCUGGACAUUUCCAAGUUGGAGCAGAAACUUAUAGACGAGUUGUUCGCGGAUGUAACGAAAAUGAAGAUGUGCAUCGUCUUGAGAGGAUCUCAAAUCAAACAUCUAAGAAUGCCGAACCUGAAGGAACUAUACGCAUGCAAACCAGGUUCACCAGCAUUUAUAAUCGAGAACAAUCAGUAUCUGGAGGAAAUCAUUGUCUCACCAAAUCUCCAGUUGCAAGAGGAAUACUUGUUCGUAAUCGUUGGCAACCGAAGAUUGCCAUACGAGAGCUAUCAUCCUUUCGAACGAUGCAAACACUGUGUGAUAGAGCGAGAAACGGUAUGUGGGUUGGAAAAAUCUGGUUACCAAUCGGUCGAAGAACUCAUGUCCAAUUGCAUGGGAAAACAGAAGAUCGUGUUCACAAAGGAAAUUGUUGUCAACGAAUACCAAUUCGAGCAGCUUUGUAGAAAUGCAGUUCAUCUGAAGAUGUGCAUCAACAUAAUAAACACUGACUACAAGAAAAUCAGUUGUCCCUACUUGCGCUACAUCGAACCGUGCCAACGUGGAAAGUCGGUGUUCACAAUUAUGGAAAACCCAUAUCUCAUCGACGUCGACAUCCCGGAAACUGUUACCUAUCCAGCUGAUGCAAAGAUUUUGCGCGUGAAGAAGAACAUGAGACUGCCAAUGAUAGUCAUAGAGAAGUUGAAAAAAAUCUGUCCACACUGCGAAAUUGAAGGAUACGCUUCAAGUAAGCUGCACUGA